AUGGCUGAAACUUCUUUGGAGCACAAGUUUACUUUGAGACUCGUCGUUGAUGAAGAGAAGAAGAAGGUCAUUUUGGCAGAGGCUUGUAGUGACUUUGUUGAUGUGCUCUUGAGCCUUGAUGUUCCAGUAGCAGAAGCAAAAGUUGUAGACAACAUAAAAGAUGGAGUAUUUGUUAGAGGCCGGUCUUCAUUCAUCAUAACUGACGACUUAAAAGUGGCUGUCAGGUCCACUGACCUUGUCUUGAGAAAGCUAAAAUCCGUAGGCUGUGGCGAUUUCAGUUAUGACUCUGCUGCAAUAUGCUCCCUUGACGGACACGUUCUUGAACAAGCAUAUCCCACAAGAUGUCAGAAGCAGCUGCUCAACAUCACCACUGCGCAGCGUCCGCCUUAUCAGAGAACGAACUCUAUGGUUUUGAUUGAUCCAAAAUCUCAUGGAAGCGAUCAGCCAACAGAGAGUAGUGGAUUCGUGAAGAGAGACACCAAGUUUAUAGUAUCAGAUGAUCUGAUCAUAACACCGAUGAUCUCCACCUCAACAUUUUGCAGACUGAAGCAAAGGAUCUCGAGGUGCAAGAAAUCUGCAUCAGCAAAACACAGGUGA